AUGAGAAUAUUGCUCCUACUCCUGAUCCAAGCUGCGGUGGCAGCAGCAGCCCCCGACCAAUUCCAGCACUGGUACAAACAAUUCCGCUCGCAGAUUGAAUUCGUCCUCAACAACAACUGCUCCGAACAAUACCAAAACUACCUCAACAAAACCCCCGGCUUCGACCCAGAAUACCAACUCUGGUAUGACCCGACAAAAGGCAGCGCCUUGACCGCGCCCUUAGUCUCUUGUAUGCUCAGCAACCUCCCGGAAAAUGUGAAAGCCAACAUGGCCAGCGCAGGGGUCAUCCUCGGCCUCCUACCGACCAUGCUCUCCAUGCUCGGUUCCAACACAGUCGACACAGCCAUCCUGGCACGGGUCGCAGGCCGACCAUUCCUCUCGCUGUGUCUGGCCCUGGGUUCACCGGCAGUUCUACCGGACCGGCCCUUCGAAUACCCCAACGUGAAAGCACUCCUCGGCGCCGACGGGAUAAAGAAAGGUUUAACCAUCCCGAAACCAGGCGGAAGAACAUGGAUCCUCAUCUCGGCGCUGGAGUAUAUCGUCGCGUUAGGUGCUGUCGCGAAUAUCGUGACCGCCUGCUACCAGCUAGGUAUACAGUGCAUAUGUAACUACGCGACGGAAGUCACCGCGCAGUCACUUAUCUGGGCGUUCAUCGUCGGACUCGUUCAUAUCGGGGGUACUAUCGCUCUAUCACUUCGCUAUCGCGUUAUCCGAUCACCUGUGGGAGAAACCCAUACUGUGCAGCCGAAUUGGUUUCGGAGAUAUCUGAUCCGGGAGAUAAAUCCAUCGUUAUACUCUACCCCACCCCCGGACGUCGACGAGAUCGAAGAAUCGUAUUUAUUUCUGCUGUUCUCAUGGUGCGUCUCUACCGGCGCUGUAGUCCAUAUCCUGUAUGGGACAAUGGUGCUCUCCAGCUUGUUGUUUAUCUCAGUUCAAGAUGCGCUCGCGCUCGCGGGACGGUUUCUUGCGUCGGUUGUGUGUUGUCGUGCUGUGUUGGCGUAUGAGCUUGCUGGGCUGAGACAGGCGAAGGCUGGGAAUAUGGGAAAUGGUGAGGGGUCUGAGACACUGGAGUUGAGGUUAUGA